GCACAUUACAGGUCACUACUGUGUGAGAAUCAAAUUGAAGAAUAUGAUUUAUUACGUACUCAUAUGGAAUUUACCACAGAAACAUCUAUAUCGUCUCAACAGUUACCUCCGUUGACAAUUUUUAAUGCUAUUAACUUUGCAGCUGGGGCUUGGGAUCAGGUGAAACAAAGAGUAAUACAAUCAUCAUGGCAGAAGAGUGGAAUUUUGCCACUGACGGUGCAGCCGAUGACCAAUGAAGCUGAAGAAAAUCUCGAAUCUGAAGUAAUCAAUUUAGUAGCGCAGCUACCAUCAGAAGAACCCAUGAAUACAGUCCGUGAAUAUAUUGAUUUGGAGGAAAAGAAAUUGUAG